AUGUCAGUCCAAAAAGUCGCUCUCAUCACGGCCAGUUCGGCUGGUCUAGGAGCUCAAGUAGCUCGUGUGCUCGCUCCUGAUUUCCGCAUUGUCAUAAACUAUGCCUCUAAUGCCUCGCGCGCGUCCGAACUAGUAGACGAGCUUUCCAAGAUCCCAAGCACACAUCCAAGCGAAUCCUUACCGCGCUUCCACAUUCUCCAAGCCGAUGUCUCCUCGAAACAGUCCGUGGAAACCCUCGCGAAGGAUGCAAUCAAGACCAUGGGUCGUCUCGACGUCGUUGUGUCAAAUGCUGGCUGGACACGCAUGACCAACUUCCUGAACAUAGACGAGGCAAACGUAGAUGAAGACUGGGACCGGUGCUUCACCAUGAAUGUCAAAACACACUUAUGGCUCGCAUAUGCAGCAAAGGACGCUCUGGCUGAGUCCGAAGGGACCUUCAUCACAACAGCCAGUGUCGCAGGUGUCAAGCCGUCGGGCUCCAGCUUGGCAUACAGCGUCACCAAAGCUGCGCAGAUACAUCUUGCCAAAGGCUUGGCUGUCAUAUUGGCGCCUAAAAUCAGAGUCAAUAGCGUGAGUCCCGGGAUGAUGUUGACCGAAUGGGGAUUGAAGUUCCCGGCUGCGAAGAGGGAGAAAGCGAUUGAGAAUACGAAGCUGAAGAGACUGGCUACGGUGGAAGAUGUUGCAGAUCAGAUUAGGACUCUUGCAUUGAGUCGCAGUGCGACUGGGCUGAACGUGUGCAUUGAUGGAGGCUCGUCCAUUUGA